AUGUAUGGAACCAGAAAAGCUAUUCAUGUGGAAUUGGAUGAUAAGAUUGAAGCUAUAUCCGAGUUGGCUAGAAUUUUUAGGAAUCCAACUAUUGAAUUGGAAUUAAGUGCCUCAAUUUCAAUGCCAAAUGCCAAAUGCCAAUUGUAUGCUUCCAAAUACAUUCUAAGUGGAUCCGACAUGUGGUUUUACGUUUCAGAACAUGAAAAUUUCAAUGACUUCAGUAGUGAAGGUGCACUUGUUUGGCAUGAGACAAAUAUACCUUAUGGAGUUUGGGGCCUAGAGAGUACCAGAUCUCUUUCUUUGAAGUAUCAUCCAUCUGAGGCUUUGAAGCACAAUGGGAGUCUUUAUGCUCAUGUUUUCUUUGCACGUUCUGGUUAUCCGCCAGACCCCAGUGAUCCGGAGUACCAGCCAUCGGCUAGCUUUGGAAGGACGCACUCUAUUGUGGCAUACUUGCCAAAGUCAAAAGCUGAUAAAAGGAAGAGCUUGUUGGGGGAUUCCAAGGGUUCUGCCGAGAGUGCAACCUUGUCUGAGGUUGGUUUUGUGGUCUUAUAUGUUUUUGGGACUUCAAGUGAUGUCAGGUGGUUGAUGACACUCGAGUUGACUCUAAAGAUGAUGGUCCUGUGGAAUGGGUUUCAUAUUGGAAGUCCAAUGUUACAGUCAAUUUGGUUGAUGAUUUUACAAGUACUGUCAGCUUUAGCCAUUGGUCCCACCACCACAUCCAAGCUCCAUCAUAGAGAGUAG